AUGCAUAACAACUUUUUUUCCAACCAAGGAGUGGGUGAUGCACGACUUCUUACCAAUGGACAUGAAAAUCAUCAAGGAAAAAUGCAUGGUGUUACUGGCCUUGGCCAUCCACCUUACUCACAACAUGCACAACCCCACCAUGGAAUUGAACCUGAGUAUCAAGAUUUCAUCCAAAAAGAUGACAGGCUGUGCCCACCUCAAAUGCCAAACUACAUGACCCAGCUCCCACAUUGUGCUCCAAUGCUUCAAAUACAAAAUAUGCCUGGGCAUGGCUUUCAGAAUACCACUCUAGGCCCAGUGGUUCAACGAAGACCCACAAUUGAAGAUCUGGUUCAGUAUCUUAAAAGCACUCCACAACCUAAUGCAUGCAACACAAAUAAUUGUGAACAGCCAUUGAUGUCAUCACCAAAGCCAAGUCAAACACCUGUCUACGAAAACCAAGUACAGUACUACGCAAACCAAGUAUCUCCCCAUCAAGCUGCCAGUCCUGUAAGCAUGAAUCGGCCCACUUCCCCACAGGCCAUGAUCUAUGCUGCUCAAGGGGGGCAAGUCAUGUACCCCAUGCACCACUACCAAAAACCUUCACCAGCUACUAUAUCUACAGAUGGAAGCUGCACUUCUACCAGUACCAUAUCUACAGCUGGAAGUUGCACCCCUGCAGCAAGAACCAUAUCUAUGGAUGCAAGCUGCACCUCUACCAGUACCAUAUCACAGGUGCCCACUGGAAGAGUAGUUUCAGAUGAUAAGGUGAGCACUUACUGAUCCAAACUCAUACUCUGUUUUAAUAUGUGGUUUCUUUAGCCAGCAAAAUGUUUCAACCACUUUGGAACAUUUUCAUUUUGUGCUAGUAACAUUUACGUUUUACAUGUCUUAUUUGGUAUGCUUAGUUUAAUGUCUACAUUUUAAUUUUAUUUAUACUAAACAAGAAGUUGUGGUGGAUUGACACCUGAAAAUGUAGGUCAACAUUUGGAAAAGGUGAAAAACAUUUAAAAUAUUCUCAUUUGGAGAAUUUUUCCUGCUGGGCACUUUCAUUCAAAAUUUGUUUACUCUACUUAUCAAUUUAGUCCAACUUACUAUUUUUCUGAUAAAUAUAAGUCUUGUAUUCUAUUUAGUAAACAGCAGUUGCAGGUGUGGCUAUCCAUCAGGAUUUUCUUGUGAAGCCUAUGCAAUUGUACUCAAAUUACGAGUAAAUAACACAUUAAUAUCACUAACUAUGCAAAUAUUUUCACAGAUCUAGACUCUAAACAAUUUCUGUUGUACUCUAAACAAUUUGAAAUAAUUAAUAAUUAAAAAUGUUUUCUUUAACACGAUGUUUAACACUUGCUCCUUGUAUUCACAGGAUAAAUCAAGCAUGAGUGAGCUUGAAAAAUUUGCCCAAGAUACUAAAAGGCGGAGGCUUAGGAUGGGAUUUACCCAGGAAAACGUUGGGGACGGACUAGGAGCUUUGUACAGUAAGAUCAGAUAUAAGAAGUUACUAAUUAAUUGUAGUUAAAUAAUCAAAGAGACAUAUCAUUAUUGUAGGCUGAACUUGAUGGACGCAAGUCUCUUUUCAGCUAUGUAACUAUGUAACUAUGUAACUAUUCAUAUUUAGUCAGUUUGUAAAAAAAAAAUAAAAAAAUCCACAAAUAAAAAUUUACUUAUAUUUUAAAGGGAAAAUCUGGUAUUUUAAUUACAGCAAAUAUUAUCUAAAAUGUAUAUUAUUGAUAAAUUAAAUUAUAUAUAUUUAUGAGUGGAUUAUAUUAAUAAUAAUAUUUACAUGUUAAUUGGUUUAGUGAUAAAUAGUACAACAUAAGAGAGUUUUAUUUGAAGACAUUACAUACAGUAACUGACAAACUGUCUACUUUGUUACAGAUAACCGUUUCAGUCAAACAACAGUUUGCAGAUUUGAGGCUGGCCAACUGAGCCUUGCUAACAUGCGGAAACUGAAACCAAUCAUAAAUAAAUGGCUUGAUGAAGUUGAAUCAAAUGCAGUUAGCCGAGCGGUAAGUAAAACAAUUUCUAAUUUUGAUAGUAUUGACAGGGAACUGUCAUCAAAAUUGGGACAUUUGGGAGACUUUCAAUCCAGCAAGUUUCUUUUUUAAGUUUCAUAAUUGGAUAUGUAUUCUGUGUUCAGUUUAAGGUAACUGAGGGGUAAAACUUUAAAUUGAUGAGAAUUUUAGAGCUGGAUAACUCAUUGUUCAGUCUGCGGUAGGCUUCACUAGUAAGGCUAUAGACAUAGGGAGCUACAAAGUUCACUGUUAUGUCUUUGUAGAGCAGCAUAGAUCAGUGUUUAGCCUGAUGAGAGGUACUGAGUUCAGGGUUAUAGGAAUCUAAGCAGAAUUUUAAAAAUCAUUAUUAUUAUUACUAUUAUUAGCCUAUCAGAAUCACUUGGAUGUGUAUGGCACGUCAAGGAGAAGCAUAUCUUCAAUUUGAUAAGUAGUGGGUGGACAUAUAGCUACAGUGGUUUUAAAAAAUCACUGCUGUUAUAGUAGAUAUGAUUUAAAAAAAACAAAAUAAAAAACCUUUGCAUUAUAAUAAGUACAAGGUGUACAGGUAGCUGUGGUGCUUUGGAGGCUUUUGUGUCAGUUCCCCUCUUACUCUGUUAAAUAUGUUCAUAUGUGUUGGCAUUUUUUCUAUUGAAAUUUGUUAAUCUACUAGGUCGGAAAAAAUAUAUAUUCUGCGAUUAACAUGUUAUUCUUCGUAUUGUUUUUGUUUGUUUUUUGCAACUAGAUUGUUAACGAUGGAGAGAAGCUGAAAAUCUAUGGAAAAAGAAAACGCCGUACAUUCAUUCAAGCUGCUACAAAGAGCUAUUUAGAAUCGUGUUAUGAGCAGUGCCCUCAUCCCACUAAAAGUGAUAUUGAAAGAAUUUCAGAAAAAUCCAAGCUGGAAUACGAAGUAAGUAUUGACAAUAAGAACAUUUCUAUCAGAUAACUACGACAUGAAUGUUUACUGAGUUAUUCACUGAAGUGAGAAUUUAGAGUGAAUUCAACGUGAUACCUUUAGGUGCCACUAGAGUGGCUUCCCAGUCUAGGUCUACAUAGUGUACACCACUGGCAUUCUGCAUCUCUAAACUCUGCAUGGAGAUGCUGAACAUUCCCAUAGAGAUGUAUUGAAUCAAUGCGUCUCUUUGAGAAGAUGCUGAUUGCUGGGGAGUUUUGCCUCACAUGCGCAAUGGCUUUCCAUUGCUUUCGUAUGGGAAAACAUUGGAUUGGCUAAGAUUAUCAAAACUGAUGAUCGCAGCCAUGGAGGCGAGGUCAUCCAUGGUGAGGCCAGCAUGUCGUGGGAGAAAAUGUGAGAAAAGUAAGAGUGGGGCCAGUCACCAAAAAUGCCAAAUAAGUACUGUAGUGUCAGGAAUAUUUGUUGUAUUCCUGACACUAGUGUUCCUUUCUAAAGUAGUCAAAAUGGAUACAUAACUGACUAAAUUUCCAUAGAUGAAAAUUUUUCCAGUUUGGCUGUUCUGGCCUUAAAUUUAAAGUGCACUUAGAAUUCAUUUUGAAUUUGCACUUUAGUGAAUGAACCUUUGUGAUGAGAAAUAUAGUGGUUGUGUCGGCAAACCCAAAAAUGUAAAUAUCCAUUUAACAGCUCAGGUGUCUUUUAAUGUUUCAUAGAUAUGUGUCUAUGCCAUGAACUGAGUGACACAAGAAAGGUAGAUAACCCCUUUCCUCAGCUGCAUUCACAGCAAUGGAUCUUAAUUACAGCAACUGCAGCAAAUACACUAGUUGCUGUGAUAACUGUUUUUGUGUGUGUUUCUUGUGCUUAUUUGAGACAGGAAUUGAGAUAGGAAUUGGGUGACUGUGUCAUUACAUUUUGAUGAGGAUGUUCUGGCAAUGUAGCAAGUGUAUUGGCAUCAUAGAAAAGAAUUGCCUUGACUGGCGAUGCAUUUUCCAAGCAAAGAUAAUCAUGCUGUAGACAGUUGGGAAGCCUUUCAUGGCACACUGGAACUGCAUGUUCCAAGCAAGGCUAAUCGUGCUGCAUGCAGGUGGCAAAUGUCAUGGCACACUGGAGAGGAGUUGAGUAUUAACAGCUAUUAAAGUGAUUAUAGACAUAAUUUAGAUUUCAAUAUUUACUGCUUUAUGAGUUAGCUGUUAUAGUGACCAUCUUUAACAAUGAGUUAUAGAGAUCUGAGUACCAGAAUGCACAAUCUGGGUAAAAGAAGACUCUAUAAUUAAGGUCAGUUGGACAAACCAUAAGGUUUUCUUUUUUCUACUUCCAUAUUUUGGCCUAGAAUUUGCAAUCCCCUUUUCAAAUUUACAUUUUUUUCCUGUUUAAUGAAUAAUCCUAUAUGUUUUAGCCUGGGGUAGAAGCAAACUAAUCACGCUGCAUUACAUGCAGUGGCUUAUUUCACAAAAUAAAUACCAAUCCUACCACUGGCCCAGAUCAAUAGAGCAAUAACUACUGUGCAAGAGGUUGGUUUGCAUAUUCAUACAACAUCAAAUUCCUUGUAAUUGUUUUUGCUGGUACAAAAGUGAAUAUUUUAAUGUAUGAGUUAUACAUAUUGUAUAUUUCACAAAUGUUUUGCUCUACAUAAAUCAGACUUAGUACUUGUGAAUUAUGUCUCUUUAAAUGUAAAUAAUUUGUAAAUAGACCAUCCAUUACUUUCAUUAUUUUUCAAUAGGUUAUUCGGAUUUGGUUCUGUAACCGGCGCCAGAAGUCAAAGAAGGAAUUGGACAAAUGCCUGAAGGAGAAGACCGUAGCAUUUGGAAACUUUGCUCAACCCAUUCCAGCUCCUAACACAGGAAACUGGGCCAUGCCAUCAAUGGCAGUACCACAACCCUGGCUACUUGAUAUGACUGCAUCAAAUCAUACACCUUAUAUGGCUACAAACAACCAAAAUGGACAAUUCAUCCAACAUGCCAUGCAAAGGAUGCCUCCUGGAUACUAUACUCAGUAA